UUUCAUUUGUGGUGAGAGUGGGUGAUAUUCAUUGCUAUAUAGAAUAGGAUGGAAAUGGAAAACUCUAACAUGUUAGAUUCCAAUGUGACAACUGGGAUGGACUAUGAGUAUUCUUUCUUGUACACAAGGCACUUGAACAUAAUAUCUCUGGUUGUCUACUGUGUGGUGUUUGUGCUUGGCCCCAUUGGCAACGGCUUGGUGAUCUACGUGACGAGCUGCAGGAUAAAGAAGACUGUCAACUCUGUUUGUUUCCUCAACCUGGCCUUGGCUGACUUCCUCUUCACUUCCUUUCUGUUGCUCUAUAUCAUCAACAUCUCCCGUGGAUAUGAUUGGCCUUUCGGUGACAUCCUUUGCAAGUUAAACAGCAUGGUGACUGUGCUCAACAUGUUCGCCAGCAUCUUCCUCCUGGCGGCCAUCAGUCUGGACCGCUGUCUGUCCACGUGGGUGGUGGUGUGGGCCCAUAACAAGCGCACGCCACGCAAGGCAGAGGUCAUCUGUGUGGGGAUCUGGCUAGCCUCAUUGGUCUGCAGCCUCCCGUUCACUAUCUUUCGGCAGAUCAUACACUAUGAUAAUAGGACAACGUGCAGUUAUUCAUUGCACCUUGCUUCUUCCACCUACAGGAACUUGGUUGUGUUCCGCUUCCUGCUGGGCUUUCUCAUCCCCUUCCUGGUCAUCAUAGGCUCUUAUGUUGCCAUAUGGAUCCGCGCCAGGCGCCUUCAGAGAGGAAGACCGCGCAGGUCCCUCCGGAUCAUCGUCUCCAUCGUCCUGGCCUUCUUCAUCUGCUGGAUGCCCUUCCACGUCUUCCAGUUUCUGGACAUCAUGGAAGACAGCAGCCCAGGCCUCAACCUGGUCGUGCAGAUCGCGAUUCCCCUGUCCGCUAGCCUGGCCUUCCUCAACAGCUGCCUGAACCCCAUCCUGUACGUCUUCAUGUGUGACGAGUUCCAGAAGAAGCUGCGCCAGUCCGUGCUGCUCGUAUUCGAGAACGCCUUUGCAGAGGACCACGGGAUGAACUUUGUGUCAUCAACGCGCUCCCUGAGCUCCCAUCUCUCCCGGAUCUCCCGUAGGUCUGAGUCUCUGGCUCCAGGAGAAGGAGGACACUGAGGCCUCACUGGUGACCAGGUCUGAUAUUAAAGUGGAAAUCAAGGUGUGAGAUGUCUGCAAAAGACAGGGCUAGUACAUCUGUAUUACAGAGUGAUUGGACUGUAUCUAUACUGUAGUUAUGGGACUUGAAAUCAUCAGUAGUUGUUGUCAUUUUGGUUUUCAUGGUGGUAUUAACCAAAACCAAUCAAAUGUAUUUUAUAAAGCAAGCAAUGCAGAUGCAGUUACCGGAUUGAACUUAUGUUAUAGUGAUGUUAUGUUGACCUUAUGGGGACAUUAUGUUGAUGUUAUGGUGAUGUUAUUUUGAUGUUAUGGGAAAAUUAUGGGGAUGUUAUGUUUAUGUUAUGGGGAAAUGAUGGGGACAUUCUCACACACAGACAAUAACACUCCUAAACCUCUCAUUUCAAAAUCUUACAAAACUGCAUUGUUGGUUAAGGGCUUGUAAGUAAGCAUUUCACUGUAAAGUCCACACCUGUUGUAUUCGGCGCAUGUGGCAAAUAAAAUUUGAUUCCAAAACAAACAGAACAUUUAUUACCUGUAUGUGAUAGA